AUGUCCAUCCUUAUCAAAAGUUUUUUAAGUACUGGGGACCAAGCUGCAAAAGGCAAUUACGGAUUGCUUGACCAAAUCCAAGCUUUGCGUUGGAUAGAAGAAAAUAUUGGAUCUUUUGGAGGAGACCCAAAAAGAGUUACUAUUUUUGGAUCUGGGGCAGGAGCUUCCUGUGUCAGUCUUCUGACACUCUCUCACUAUUCAGAAGGUUUGUUCCAAAAGGCAAUCAUACAGAGUGGAACAGCCCUGUCCAGCUGGGCAGUGAACUAUCAGCCUGCCAAGUACACUCGGAUAUUGGCAGAUAAAGUCGGCUGCGACAUGCUGGAUACCACUGAUUUGGUUGAAUGCCUUCGGAAUAAGAACUACAAAGAACUCAUUCAACAGACCAUCACUCCAGCCACGUACCACAUUGCCUUUGGCCCUGUGAUAGAUGGAGAUGUGAUUCCAGAUGACCCUCAGAUUCUCAUGGAGCAAGGCGAAUUCCUUAACUAUGAUAUAAUGCUGGGUGUGAAUCAAGGGGAAGGUUUAAAAUUCGUGGAUGGCAUUGUAGACAAUGAAGACGGUGUUUCUCCUAAUGAUUUUGACUUUUCUGUCUCUAAUUUUGUGGACAAUCUAUAUGGUUAUCCAGAAGGAAAAGAUACACUCCGAGAGACCAUUAAAUUCAUGUAUACGGACUGGGCAGACAAGGAAAACCCUGAAACAAGACGAAAGACCCUGGUAGCACUUUUUACUGACCACCAGUGGGUUGCUCCUGCUGUUGCCACUGCUGAUCUGCAUGCCCAGUAUGGAUCUCCAACGUAUUUCUAUGCAUUUUAUCACCACUGCCAAAGUGAAAUGAAACCAAGCUGGGCUGAUUCAGCUCAUGGUGAUGAAGUCCCUUAUGUGUUUGGCAUUCCUAUGAUUGGCCCAACAGAAUUGUUCAACUGUAACUUUUCCAAGAAUGAUGUCAUGCUCAGUGCAGUUGUUAUGACAUACUGGACAAACUUCGCCAAAACUGGAGAUCCAAACCAGCCUGUUCCACAAGACACAAAGUUCAUCCACACAAAACCAAACCGCUUUGAAGAAGUAGCCUGGUCCAAAUACAAUCCUAAAGAUCAGCUUUAUCUGCAUAUUGGCCUGAAACCCCGAGUUCGUGAUCACUACCGAGCAACAAAAGUUGCUUUCUGGUUGGAGCUUGUGCCACACCUUCACAACCUGAAUGAAAUUUUUCAAUAUGUUUCCACAACAACUAAAGUACCCCCUCCUGACAUGACAUCAUUUCCUUAUGUUACCCGACGCUCUCCUGGUAAAUUGUGGCCAGCCACCAAACGCCCAGCAAUGACACCUGCCAACAAUCCCAAACAUUCAAAAGACACUCAUAAAACAGCUCCCGAGGAUACAACAGUUCUGAUAGAAAACAAGCGAGAUUACUCCACUGAGCUGAGCGUCACCAUUGCUGUGGGAGCAUCCUUGCUGUUCCUCAAUAUUUUAGCUUUUGCUGCAUUGUAUUACAAGAAAGACAAGCGGCGUCAUGAGACUCACAGGCGCCCUAGCCCCCAGAGGAACACAACCAAUGACAUCGCACACAUACAAAAUGAAGAGAUCAUGUCAUUGCAGAUGAAACAGCUGGAACAUGACCAUGAGUGUGAAUCACUGCAGGCCCAUGACACGCUGAGACUAACCUGUCCACCUGACUACACGCUUACUUUGAGAAGGUCUCCAGAUGACAUUCCACUCAUGACUCCCAACACCAUAACCAUGAUCCCAAAUACAUUAACAGGAAUGCAGCCUUUGCAUACUUUCAACACCUUCAGUGGAGGACAAAACAGUACGAAUUUGCCCCAUGGACAUUCAACUACUAGGGUAUAGCUCAGCCCUUCCCCCUCACAAGCCACCUGGAAGAAAGAAAGAAAGAAAAAAAAAAAAAAAAAGAAGAGGAAAAAGUUAUAAUACCAUUCAUUGAACACCUUGUCCAAAUAUUAAGUAAAAACAAGUAAAAGAGAAGGACAGACAUUAUUUUCUUACUGUUCCUUCCCAAAGAAACUCUAUGAUGUUAAAGAUCAACUAUAAGCCCUGUGAAAUGUGAAAAGUGUACACUGCUGUUACAAUACUGCUUUAAGAUCUCAACCCCUUUAAUUGAAAGUUGAGGCCAGAAGAAGUCACUUAAAAUGAUGUUUUGAGCAUACCGAGCAAAGCAGACUCUUCUGAAACACAGAGCCACUGACUGUACAGAUGUUCUGGUUUUGGUUUCUUGUUUUUGGUUUUGAUUUGGUUUUGGUUUUGUUUUUUUUUUUUUUUUUUGGUUGGUUUCUUUUUAAUAAAUAAAAUAAAAAAAUCUUUAUGUGCCAUACAAUGAAUAGCCCUUGUUGAAACAAAGACAUCAUCAUGGGCUUUUACCCAGCAUAUGAAGCUGUAAUCCAGAUGGGGGAAAUAGAAUUUUAUUAUUAAUAACAAAAAAUGGGAAAAAAUAAAAAAAAGAGGAGGACUGACUAUGCAGUAAAAUACGUAUAGUUCUGUGCACAGAGGUGACUUGCCAGCCUGAACUAUAUUUAAAGAAACUUUGUAAAAAUGUACAUAGAUGUGCGUUUAAAAACAACUACAAAAAAAAAAAAAAAA